AAGAACAUAUUUUCAAGACUCCUAGCGGCCAGGUCUUGAGCCCGACCUGGCUUGGGCAGAGCUUUGGCAAGGAGUGGUAAGUUAUUGGUAGCGGGUAUGUUGACAAGGGGCUGAUGUAUCUUGUUUAAGGAAUAUCGGGCUACAGGGAGCUGGGGAUGGGAUUUCUCAACUUGUCAUCUCCCAGCUAUGUUCUCGUGCCGAGGAGAUGGUGUCUACCGACUCGGAUGACGACAAUCUUUCCCAGCCGCGUUUGCAACUAGUCACAUACUUCCUCAGCCAGUUUGAAGGCAAAUGGGGCUUGAACCGACGCUCGUGGGGCAGCUCGGACGACAAGGGAGGCUCGGAGGAUCGUACUUGGGGCGGGGGCUUCAUGGCGUUACCCAAACCCCGCACGGAAGACGUUCUGUUUCAAUACCACAUGCGAGUCUUUACGACUCGGUCUGGGCGACAGCGAAGUUGCCCUGGAAGGGCCUCGGGAAACCUGACAGACCCCAGCGAUGUGAGGAGAAAUCUGGACAUCCAUGAGAUUCGCUACUCGGUCGGGCUCAAAACCACUUGGGAAUUUGACCUCCCUGUAUUCACACUGAUCACCAUGACGAACGCGUUUACCAGACUGGAAGACCUUGGCGAACUGUGUGAUAGGGAUAUCUGGAGGGCUGUCAAUAUGCGUCCAUCGAUCCGCGCAACGGGGGUGGCUGCCUUUGCCUUCCGGAUUCGGUCCUUACUUCCUGGCUGGGCGGAUCAGUGGUCGCGCCUUCUCGACCAGAUCGACAGAGUCCUAAGCGCCGAUCUGGCCACCAUUCUGGAUCCCGCAAGCAGACGAGAAAUCAUGGUAGAUGGUAGUGACCUUCGACUGUCAGAAUUCUAUCCGGCUGUCUUGCAAAUCCUGCGCAUCGCUGCCGACUGGAUUCAAGAGAGCAUGGAUGACCUGCGUUGGAUGGUGGAUGACAUGCAGCGGCUCUACUUCUCCCCAAACACAGACGGUGAUUCCUUCGCCACCUUUCUCCCUUCUGGGCUUGACGUCAACAGCCAGGAUGCAGCCAUUGCUGUCUUCAAGCAAAACUGGAACAGUGUCAAGUCGCAUCAGCAGCGGCUAGGCAAAGCGUUGCUCGCCCGCAUCGCGAGGACGCAGAAGCAAGUGGAAAGUCUCAAAGAUGGUAUGUUCAACGCGACGUCCGUAAACGAGGCCAAGAAGUCAACGCAACUGAACCACUAUAUCUUCGUCUUUACCGUCAUCACCAUCAUUUACCUGCCCUUGAGUUUUAUAUCGACACUCUUCACCCUAGAGCUCUUUACGUGGGAAGACUCUAGACAGGUUCGCUCGUUCCAGUUCGCUACAACAAUCACCCUCGUGGCAAUUGGUACAUAUGUUUUUUCAGGCUUCUUGGUGUGGUUUACGCAGCGACCAACGGCCUUGGGUGCAGAGUUGAGGGCACACCUCGAGGUUUUUCGGCGCAGAAUGCUAGGUUGGUCAAGGCGAAGAGGAUUAGGUGAAAACUAAAGAGGGAGACUAUUAUCGUUUUCCAAGUUUGUGCGCCCUUCGAGACACCUGCGCCUCCUUUCACUGCAGGCAAACGCCCUUGAGAUACACUAAAACAGACCAAAACACCCAUCAACGCUGCAUCCCAACCUGAAUUCAAGCUCCUAGCAAUUGACCAGUGACCACCUACCCACCGCGCGCGGUUCAGACGACUGAGAUUCGGCCACAGCCCUUUGUUCCUGCAUGCUAUUAACUUGUUUACAUUAUUGUACAACAAGAAGAAGAAGCUUGCUCGCGCGUAUCUCUGAGUAUUCGGUGCCCCGCAGCUG